UCCCUAAGCCUUAGAUCUCCUAUAUAAACCUUGGCCAUCCCUCACCUAGUCAUACAUACCCUUCUUCUAUUUAGUAUUCGUCGACAUCAUAUCAUAGGAUAGGUUUCUUGGCACAACAUCAAUAUCUCAUCCCGCCAUGAGUCGCUUCGCGUUCAAGAAGCCUGAAGAGGAGGCCGGCAAGGCUUGGCCGGCCAUCGCCAUCGGCUUUUUCGUAGCCUUCGGUGGUGUUUUAUUCGGUUAUGAUACCGGGACGAUCAGCGGUAUCCUAGCCAUGGAUUACUGGCAAAAUCUAUUCUCGACAGGCUACGUGAAUACGAAAGGUCACGCAGACGUUUCACCCUCUCAAUCGUCUGCCAUCGUGUCGAUCCUAUCGGCGGGUACUUUCUUCGGCGCUUUAGGAUCGCCGAUGUUCGCUGAUACGAUAGGAAGACGUUGGGCUCUCAUCGCUUCCUCGUGGGUGUUCAUUCUCGGCGUUAUAUUGCAGACCGUAGCUACGGCCUUGCCUCUGUUCUUAGCUGGUCGGUUCUUUGCCGGUCUUGGUGUCGGUUUAAUUUCCGCUCUUAUUCCCCUAUACCAGAGUGAGACAGCACCGCGAUGGAUUCGAGGUGCCAUUGUAGGCGCAUACCAGUUCGCUAUCACGAUCGGUCUUCUUUUAGCCGCCAUUGUGAAUUACGCCACUCAGUACCGCCAGGAUACCGGCUCUUACCGAAUCCCGAUCGCUGUUCAAUUCGCGUGGGCCAUCAUUCUCAUCAUCGGCAUGUUCAUGCUGCCGGAAACGCCCCGAUUUUUGAUCAAGAAGGGUCUACAUGACAAAGCCGCUCUCUCCCUGGGCAGACUUCGGAGAAUCGACGCUAACCACAACGCGAUCCAAGAGGAACUGCACGAAAUCGAGGCGAGCCACAACUACGAGAUGAGUAUCGGCAAGGCCUCGUACCUCGACUGCUUCCGUAGACCCAUCCUAAAGCGUCAGCUAACAGGUGUUGGUAUCCAAGCAUUCCAACAACUCUCAGGUGUGAACUUCAUCUUCUACUAUUUUAUUCAGUUUACCAGUGUAUGAAAACAUGUCGAUCCGGCAUUUUUUUAUUGGUAUUAUAGAAUGAUCGUAGACUCAGGUAAGUAAGAAAGAAUGUAUCUUCUCGAAAGGCGUGUACGUUUCGUAAGCCUUUGUAGGUAUCUUAGAAGCUCGUAGAUCUUACUUUUCUUUGGCCAUCUCUAUCUUGGUCAAGGAAACCUUUAUUAAUAACCUCAGUAACUCCUAUAUCAACGAUUUAACUUAAA